AUGUUCUCCCUCCUCCUCACCCUCCUCGCAACCACCACCCUCACCCUCGCCUCCCCCUCCCCCCUCCACAAACGCUCCGUCACCUGCCUGAAAGUCGGCGCCACCGCGACAGCAUCAUGGACCAACAGCGCCGGUCAGAGCUGCACCUACACCGGCGUGGUGGGCAGUAACUACGGCGAGAACAGUGCGGGAGGAGACUACUCGUGCAACGGCCGCUGCGGCGCCGGAUGCACCGGCACGGCCAUUGGCAACGUCUACACGCAGGACUGCUGGUCGCAUGACAUCUGCAGUUACUUUAACAAUGCGUCGGGGGGUGCGAGUGACCCCAACUGCGGCGCGGCGUACGAGGCGGCCGAGGAUGACUUCCUGCUCGGAUAUGUGGAUGGGUGCUCGCAGACGAACCCGACCAAUGCGGUGGUCAAGCCGACUACCUCGCCGGUUUGUUCUUAG